AUUAUUCUUUACUAUCUAUUGGGUGCAGUGUUUGGAGAGGUUCGCUAUUCUAUUCCUGAAGAAAUGCAAUACGGAUCGUUUGUUGGAAAUGUUGCGCUGGAUUUGCAUUUAGAUGUUAAAGAACUGGCUGCACGGAGGGCCCGUGUUGUUGCUGAGGGGAAGAGACAAUACUGUGAUCUGAGUUUGGAGACUGGCUUUCUGUUUGUGAGUGAAAGAAUAGACAGGGAAGAACUGUGCAGACACGUUGUAAUCUGUACAAUCAAAUUUAAAAUACUGGUUGAGAAUCCUCUGAAAAUGUAUAGCCUUGCAGUAGAUAUUCAGGAUAUUAACGAUAACACCCCUGCUUUCGCUGCUAAUGAAAUUAUAUUAGAAAUACAAGAAUCAGCUUUACCUGGGAAGCGUUUCACACUAGAUAGCGCGCAAGAUCCUGACGCUGGCACAAGCUCCAUUCAAUCAUAUACUCUCAGCACAAACGAAUACUUUAUUUUGGAUGUAAAUACUCGUGCUGGUGGAAGCAAAUAUCCAGAACUAAUUUUAAAAAAAGCUCUGGAUCGGGAAACACAAUUUGAACAUUAUUUAAUCCUUAAUGCAAUUGAUGGAGGGAAUCCGAGAAAAUCUAGCAGCGUGAAUAUACAUGUAAUCGUGUUGGAUAUAAAUGACAAUGCUCCCGUGUUUACUCAGCCAGUCUAUGAGGUCACGCUUAUUGAAAACUCCCCUAUUGGUACAUUAGUGGUAACUGUAAAUGCAACUGAUAUAGAUGAUGGUGUAAAUGGGGAAAUAACAUAUACUUUUAAGCAUAAUUCUGAUGAGUCAAGUAAUUUAUUUGAGAUCAAUUCAAAAACUGGAGAAAUAAAAGUUGCGAGGAAGGCAGAUUUUGAAAAAGCUGAAAUGCACGAAAUCGAUGUACAGGUCAGAGAUGGUGGAGGUGAGUCAACGAAAUGUAAAGUUAUUGUAGAAAUAUUAGAUGUAAACGACAAUGCCCCUGUAAUAUCUCUGAAAUCGGUGUCCAGCUCAGUGCCAGAGGAUUCCUUGCCUGGUACUGUGAUAGCUGUCAUAAACAUAUAUGACGACGACUCUGGGGAAAGUGGUAAAGUUCGAUGUUUCAUUCAAGAUAACUUACCUUUUAAACUAAAUUCAGAAGACGAAAACUACUAUAUGCUAGUGACUAAUGGUGUAUUAGACCACGAAACAUCCUCUGCAUUUAAUAUAACUAUCACAGCUACUGAUAAGGGAUCCCCAUCCCUCUCCAGCAUAAAAAUGAUUACAAUAUCAGUUUCUGAUGUCAAUGACAACCCACCGGUUUUUACGCAACCAUUUUACGCAGCGUAUUUGGUGGAAAACCAACCCCAAGGGACACCUAUAAUCACCGUGAAAGCUAAAGACAAGGAUGCAGACCACAAUGCUAAAGUGGUUUACUCUUUCUUGGAAGACAACAUUCAAGGAAUACCUUUAUCUUCGUAUGUUUCAAUUAACUCAGAAAGUGGAGACAUUUUUUCAUUGCGUCCCUUUGAUUAUGAACAGUUUGGGUUUUUCCAGAUCCUGGUUAAAGCCCAAGAUAGUGGAAAUCCUCCUCUUUAUAGUAACACUACCGUGAAGGUUUUUAUAGUGGAUCAAAAUGAUAACGCUCCAAAAGUGUUAUACCCAAAACAAAACGAGGGGUCUGUUUUGGCCGAGAUGAUUCCCCGGUCAGCGCACACUGGGUAUCUCGUGACUAAAGUAGUUGCUGUGGAUGCAGACUCCGGGCACAACGCGUGGCUUUCAUACCACCAGUUAAAAACUACCGAGACUGAGCUUUUUAUUGUAGGGCUACACAAUGGGGAAAUACGAACAUCACGUAAAAUAUUUGAAAAGGAUGAUGUUAAACAAAGAUUAGUAAUUGUGGUGAAGGAUAAUGGGCGGCCAUCUCAUUCAAUUACCGUCACUUUAAAUGUAGUUCUUGGAGAUAACUUUCCUCUCCUUUCAGAGCUCAGCGACUUCUCUGAGGAUACAAAUUCAAAUACGAACCUCACACUCUAUUUAGUGAUUUCUUUAGCUUGUGUUUCCUCCCUUUUCUUUGUAUUAAUUAUAGCAGUGGCGUCUAUAAGAUUCUGUAAAGGCAGACAUCGUGGACUCUUCUAUAACGAAUCAAACGCAAACCUCCCUGUAUUCCCCGAUUCUUUUUUCCCUCCAAAUUACGCAGACGUCGGGGGGCCUGGAGCUCUCCAACCAGCAUACAGAUACGACGUUUGUUUAACUACAGACUCGACUAAAAGUGAGUUCAAGUAUGUGCGAGCUUGUACUGGAAAUACAUUAAACAAUCAACGCAUGGAUCCCGGGAAUUAUGAGACAAUAUUACACAAAGUGAGCAGCGAGAAUGACGUCUACAAACAGGUAUGCAUGAUUAACACAUAUACACCUCAUGAAAUAUUCUACUAGGAAUGCUCUACAACUAUUAUUUUAUUGUUAAACUUCAAAUAAAUAUCUCACAAUUUUCAGAUGUUAGCAGCAACAUUUUAAUUCAAAAGGUGAUACUGAACUUAUUAAUAGCUGUUUGAGGUGUAACUUUUGGUGUAAGUAAUGUAAU